UUUGUUUUGACGCGUGAACUGAACUUUCUUACGGGUAUAAAUACGAUGUGAAGACACAUAUCUGAAUCAAAAGCUUGUUAUUAUCGAAAUUCCUAUUUUAUCACGGACGAGAAAUGACUGUUAAACACAUCAGACCUACCGCAUCCUUUGCAAAGCUCAUGAAGAUGGCACGCUUUAUUUCCAGUUUAGUCGGCGCCGAUGUCUCCACGGAGAAUUAUCGUGUCAACAUCAUCACUAUUAUUGUGAUAAUCUGCAUUAUUAUAUACUUUAUCUUCACCGCAACCACAGUGGCCAGUGUCUUUUCGGAGAACUGGACAUAUUUGCUAGAGGCAUCGUGUAUGGUGGGUAGCGUGUUGCAAGGCAUCACUAAACUCAUUUCGGGAAUAAUCCGCACCAAAACCGUCUCCGACAUGCGCUUGGAAUUGGAAGAGCUUUAUCGUACAUAUGAGUCCAAGGGAAAGACAUAUUGUAAGGUAAUGAAUAAGUGUUGCGACCGCGUGUGGCAGCUAAUAAAAUUGGUGGGACAUAUUUACGCUGCUUCAAUUUUUGGAAUUCUGCUGCUUACAACCGUUAUGGUGCUCGCUACAAAUCAGAAAAUAUAUGUUAUGCAGUUCUUCAUACCCGGCGUGGACGUUGAGACGUCUUUUGGUUAUCUCUUCACAACCGCUGUGCAUACGGUGGUUUUUCUAGCUGGUGCUUUCGGCCUCUUUGCUGGUGAUUUAUUUUUUCUGAUUUAUCUGGGACAACCCGAGUUGUUUCGCGACAUUUUGAUAUUAAAAGUCAAGGAGCUUAACGAAGCGGCCGCCGAAAAGGACAAUAAAACUGAAAGUUUAUUGAUUAGUAUUAUUGAGUGGCAACAAUACUACACGGAUUACAAUGAACGUUGUAAUGAGAUAUUCUAUUACAUAAUAACAAUGCAAAUUCUGACUUCGGGCGUGUCGAUUAUCUGCACUAUGUACAUCAUACUUAUGGGCGAUUGGCCGGGGGCGUAUUUGUACAUUUUGAUAGCAAUUUGUGGACUUUACCUGUACUGCAUUAUUGGCACCAACAUACAAACAUGUAACACGGCGUUCUUUGAGGAACUUUACAACAUAAACUGGUACGAAUUGGAUUUGAAAGGGCAAAAAAUGAUGAUACUAGUUUUAAUGAAAUCACAAAAUCCAAGCGAGAUCAAAAUUGGAGGCGUCUUGCCGCUCUCCGUUCAAACUGCACUUCAAAUAACAAAAACAAUUUAUGGCAUUUUCACAAUGAUGUUGGGAUUUCUAGAAGAAGAACAAUGAAGAUCACAAUCUCCAAAAUCAUUCGAAUCUCAAAAUAUAUUGACGAGUAGGCUACGCUUUAUUUCGAUUGAUUGUAGUUCUUAUCCACAUUACGUGCUUCUCAGAGCUUAUUUGGAUAAAUUAUUAAAAAAUAAAAAUCAAAAUCUAUUUCACCAUCGGUUCUGUUCUCAAUUAGUUCUUACGACCAGAUCAGAUACUUUCAAGUAUUGCCUACAUAUCGGCGUGCACGGAUGCUUUCUAAAUUGUGCUGCGUCAAAUAAAACUUUAAAAUCUUCAAGUCGAAUUAACCUUAUUUAAUAAUAAAAAUUAUAUUUUAUGAA